AUGGGAAAUUUGUUGGGCAACUGGCGAUUCAAGGAGCCGAGCACUGUAGAGGAAUGCGACUCGACGUGGGGGUCGGACUCGGAGGGCGAUGAACCGGCGGCGGAAGAGGACAGCGGCAUCUCCGAGAGUGUGAGCCCGGCGGAGAAUGACUGGCUGACCGGUAACAAUGGAGACUCGUCCCCGAAGAUGGGUGAAUCUCCAGAGUUUCUUCCCAAGAUGAAGAGAAGUUUUUAUGCUGCCAGAGACUUGUACAAAUAUCGCCACUGCUAUCCGAAUUAUAAAAAGUCCCGGCAAUCCAACGAGUACCGAAACCUGCGUUUCUACCUUAACAAGAUCCCACUUGUACCUGAUGGUAUCUAUAUAGAGGAGAUUUUGACAACGUGGAGAGGUGACUAUGACAAGCUGGAGCACAAUCACACCUACAUUCAGUGGCUGUUCCCAUUACGAGAACAAGGGCUAAACUUCUACGCACAUGAAUUGACUCAGGAUGAGAUUAAAGAAUUCCAAAGCACUCGGGAAGCCAAGCGAAGGUUCUUGGCAGCUUAUUCCCUUAUGUUGGACUUCUACGGCAUCAAACUACUUGAUAAGAGUGGAAAUGUUGCUCGUUCUUCCAAUUGGCAGGAGCGCUUCCAUCACCUGAAUGAGUCACAGCACAACUACCUGCGCAUAACUCGUAUUCUGAAGUCGCUGGGCGAGCUGGGCUACGAGGCUUUCAAAGCUCCAUUGGUCCGCUUGUUCUUAGAGGAGUCGCUAUGUCACAGCACGCUUCCCAACAUGCAACACAGCAUCCUGGAAUACUUUGUCUACACCAUUCGCCGGCCAGCCGCUCGCAGAAAGUUGCUGCGCUACGCCCGUCAGCACUACAGGCCUGCUCACGCCUUCCUCUGGGGUCCACCGCCGAAGAGAUCCAAAGCUAGAAGUGGAGAUUUCGAUGCUAGUGUGGGUGCUGGAAGCAGCGGCAUCCGAGCACCAGCUCCCACACCUGAACCGCAGAGGAAGGGGGAGAUGAGCUUCAUCCCUGCCUCCGCAUGUAGCGGGACACUUGUGUCUUACAAUGAUGCCACACAAUGCCAGGAUGUGGCUGCAGAAAGCCCGAAUGGAUUCAAACAACUGGGAUCCAGCAUGGAUGGAAUGGAGAAUGCACUUAUUAUGAUGCUAGAAAGGAAGGAGUACGGUGAGGUUGUUCCUUUGUAA